UGCCGGCGAAGAAGAAGUGCAGGGAGCAGUUUCCAAUCGUGGAAAUGGCGCUUUGAGUGGAAACCUGAAGUCAGAGGGAGCAUCUCGUGCUUGGCAGUCUAUAGAAAGCCCCAAAGGGCUGUACGUAUGUGUUGUACUUUGAAAAGGAGCGGAGUAUGAUAGGGGAGAAAGGGAAUCAGGAGAUUCUUCAAGGAAAUCUGAACAUCCGUGGCUCUAAAAAAAGCCGUCAAUAACACCAGACAGUGAACCAUGCAUGACCUGACGGCCCAAGUCACCAGCAGCCUGCUGCCGUUUCCUGGGGUGACUAUAGAUGCUCUGGGAGAGGAUGAGAUCACCCUAGACUCUGUGUUACAUGGGAAGUUCACUGUUGGCCGGAGCGGGCUUGCCUGGCUGGCCUGCGGCCCCCAUCUGGAGGUGGUCCAUUCAGUGACAGGAGAGCGACUGUCUGCAUACUGCUUCAGUGGUGGAGGAGAGCACCCCCCCACUGUCCUCGCUGCCAGGGACUUUAGCUGGCUAAAAAGGUCUGGAUUACUUGUCGGCUUGGAGGAAGCAGAGGGAAGUGUGCUGUGUCUUUAUGAUUUGGGACUAUCAAGGGUGGUCAAAGCUGUUGUUAUACCAGGCAGGAUUACAGCUAUUGAGCCGUUAGUGAGUUAUGGUGGAGCAAGUGCUUCGACCCAGCAUCUUCACCAAAGUCUUCGCUGGUUCUUUGGCAUUGCCGCCGUAGUAACAGAUCUCGGCCAUGUUCUGCUGGUCGACCUCUGCCUGGACGACCUGUCCUGCAGCCAAAGUGAACUGGAGGCUUCAGACCUGCAGGUAGUGACCAAAUCUCCAGCCGAGAUCCCCCGGCUGAGAGAAGUCGGCACCAGUCAGGGCAGACAUCUUUGUCUCCAGCUGAAUGGGCCCAGCGGUGUUGGAGCGACAGCUCUGCAGUACAUCUCCAGGACCAACCAGCUGGCGGUGGGAUUUUCAGAUGGAAACGUACAGCUGUGGAACAUGAAGACUCUAAAGAAGGAAUUCCACUCCCAGUUAGAAGGUGGCAGGGUGCCUGUGUAUGCCUUCACCUUCCAGGAGCCAGAAAAUGACCCCAGGAACUGUUGCUACCUCUGGGCUGUCCAGUCUUCUCAGGACCUCGAGGGAGAUAUGGUCAGCCUCCGCCUACUUCAGCUGGCUUUCAGUGAAAGGAAGUGUCUUUCAUCUGGGAAGAUCCUCUAUGAGGGUCUGGAGUACUGUGAGGAACGUUACAGUCAGGAGUUAAAUGGCCCAGCUUUCCCUCUCAGGUCCCAGGCCACCAACACCCGCCUGCUGAGCUGCCAGACCAUCGAGAAGUUCCGACACCAUCCUGACAGAGACGACAGCAUGAACGAAGUUGCAUCUCCAGACACCAGUGUUUCCAUCUUCUGCUGGCAAGUCAAGUCCUACGGUCAGGGAACCCCAUCCACCUACAUCGGGGUUUUUGACAUCAACCGUUGGUACCACGCACAGAUGCCAGACUCUUUGAGAACGGGUCAGUCUCUGCAAAAUUGUCCCUACCUGGCAGUUUGGUCUCUGGACCCCGUGGUGCAGAUGGUGUCUAAACAUGUUCUCCUGGAUGUGCUGGUGCACGAGCGCAGCCUGAGCAGGGGCCUUCCCUUCACCUCCCCCCCACCAGAACAGUACUUUAACCCCACCACAUAUAACUUUGAUGUUACCUGUUUGAUCAACUCUGGAAUUGUGCACUCGACCUGCUCUGGGUAUCAGAAAGAGACCCUGAGCUUUUUGAAGAAAGCUGCUCCUUGUUCCAGUGAAGUCAUCUCCAACAGCUACUCUCGUUGCCUCAUGUCCGGCCUCCUCUCCUCUCGCCUGGCUGACACCCAGCCCUCCAGCCUCUCUCAGGAGGAGCAGCUGGAUGCCAUACUGUCCACAGCGGUGGAGACCAGCUCCUUGGGAAUGAUCACUGGCUGUAUCAAGCAGUGGACUGCAGAAGAACAACCAGGCUCUGCACUGAACCUGCGCUACAUCCUGGAUUGGGCCUGGAACAAAGUGGUCCAGACCAAGGAGGACCUGGAUGGCAUCUGUGCACCGCUGUUUGACAGCUCGUCCAACUUCACAGACCCUCAGACCAUGCAGCUGCUGCAGCACAGCCAGAGACUGCUCGGUAACCUCAGCACCAUCUUCCACUGUCUGCUCAGUGAAGCUCAGGAACUCACACAAAAAGGCCUGGUGGGUCUGAUAAACAAGAACUUGGUGUCCAGUCUGAUUUCAAAGUACGCUCAGGUGGUGCUCUGGUUCUGUCGCACCGGUCUGCUGCCGGAGGGAUCAGAAGAUGACGCUCUCCAGAUCUCCAGGCCUUUCUACACUCACUCUGUCAUCAGCAACUAUUAUACUAUACGCAGAGAGGAGCUCACCAGGCUGUCUAAGGGCAAGUGGUGUGCCGACUGCCUGAUGAUUGACGGUUUGGUCGGCCAGUGUGGUGAGCGCUUGAUGAACCUGUGGAAGAGGGAUGAGAAUGGCACUGGGCAGUACCCUCCACCUACAUUGCAUGCGUUGUUGGACAUCUAUCUCCUAGACAACAUCGAUGAAGCAACCAAACAUGCAAUUGUGAUUUACCUGCUGCUGGAUGUUAUGUACUCCUUCCCCAAUAAGGAGGGAGCAUCAGUGGAGUCUUUCCCCCCAGCCUUUGCCAUCCCUAUCGGACUGGUGAAACUAGUUCAAGGCCUCUGGCUGCUGGACCAUCACGACCACCAGAGUUCCUUCGAGUUGCUCCUGCAUCCAGCGGCCUCUCAGUGUCAGUUUGAGUGGCAGCAUGAGCGUGUCCUGCAUGCUCUGAUGUGCCAGAGCCAACACGCAGUGGCACUUCGAUACUUCCACGUUACGAAGCCCCCAGUUUCCUCCACCUCCCAGGCCAAACUCUACCUGUCGGUACUUAUACACAACAGGUGUCUGAUAGAGGCGUGGUCCUUACUUCGGCAGCACUCUAAUCAUCUCAACAUGGAAGAGCUGCUGGCCUUUCUGUAUGAGAGUUGCCAGGAGCUGGGCCUCAUCCCCGAGCUGUUCAAACUUCCUCUGAGCGUCACUGAGCAGGAAGGUUUGGAGAAGUUCCUCCAGGGGACAGGGGGUCUCCAGAACAGAGAACUGCUGAUGGUUCAUUACCUCCAGCAGGCCAACUACAUUCCUGCACUGCAGCUCAACCAGAGGCUCAAAGUGAACUUCGCGAAUGAGCGAGACCCAAAGCUUAAAGAACGGUCCAACACCAGGAACUUGAUAUUGGAUCAGUACGGCAAAGUUUUGCCCAGAGUCCAGAGGAAAAUGGCAAUGGAGAAAGGGAAGCCGUACCAGCAUCCCAACGCCAUCCACCGAGAAAUUUCUCGGCCACAGCCACUGUCAACCAUCACCAGACGCUCCGUCAGUGAGAAGGUGAUGUCGAGGGCCGGCUUCAUCAACAAUGUUCUGUCCAAGAUUGAGGAGGUGUGGUUGGGCAACGGAGCUUCACCACAGUCCUCCCAAGGCAGGAGUCCGAGGAGGGCAGCUGAUGCUCACAGCCCCAAGCCCUCCUCCUCCUCCAUGGCCCUUUCUGAGCCAUUCCUGGGGACUCCCAUCACCAUGACCUCCAGACGAAAGUCAAGGCUGAAGGACUUGGUGGUUCACCCCUCCUGUACGACCCCCCGCCCUCUGCUCAGUCCUCCCGGACCUCCCAGCUCCUGGGUUUCUCCGAAGAGCAUCGGCAAGGCCCCUGAACUCAGUCUGCUGCAAACACCACAGGUUGUCAAGCGAGCGCGGGCCUUGGCUGCUUCUGGCCCCGUGUUCUCUGCCUUCACUCCCCAGUCCAUCCUGCGCAGCAGCCUGAGGCCCACACCCGUCGCCACCCCGUCUGCUUCUCCAGGACGCUCCAUCACCCCCCCACUCCGCAACAAAGAGAGCCGGAUCACCUUCAUCGAUGAGGAAGAAACUCCUGUAUCGGAGAAGGGCAUCCGAUGGACCAAUGGGGUGGCAGCAGACAGUGAGAUUAGCUUGUUGACCAGAGACCCCAUUCUAUCCAAGGCAAAACAUAAGACCUGGCCUGCACCGCCUGCGGAGGAGGACGAGGAGGAUGAAGAGGAAAGGGAAGAACCUCAUGUGAAGUUCCUGCCUCCAGAAGGUGGUCUUCCCUCCCCAGAGCUGAGAUGCUUUGAUAGCGAGUCAAUCUCCAUCCAUGAAAGUGCUGCAGAAACCAGACCAUCAGAUGCAACACACACAAAACUCAACCUGAGCUUUGACACCAGCCAGACGUCUGACACCACUCUGGAGUUUUAUGAUGCACCGCUUCCCUCUCUCCCAGAGGACCAAGAAAGAGAGGAGGGGCAAACAGCAGAAGAAGACGAGGUAGUGACAGUGAACAUCAAAAACCCAACUGAAAAUGAAGAAGCAGAGGAACAGCUCUCUCAAACCACUGAGCAAACACCUGUCCUGACAUCAGAGGACACAGCGAGGGAGGAAGAGGAGGAGAAUGAGGAUGAAACAUUUGAGGACGUGAUGGAAAUUGGUCUCGAAGAGGAGGCUAAUAAACAUGUGGAAGAAGUUCAGUCUAAAAAGGAGGAUGAACAGGAAGUUCAGACCAUUAGCGAACAUGAAGAUGCUGCAACUCCUCCCCAAGAAGAGACGUCCACUCAAGUUUGUCACCAGGUUACUGAGGGCACAGACUCUGGUGCUGAAGUCGAAUCCCCGGAUCUUCCAGUGGAGCAGGACGUCCAGACUGAGGCCUCUGAAUCCACAGAGUUCACCGAGGCUCUGAAACUAUCUGCAGCUCCUGAACCCACAAUCACACCAGAAGAGGAACUGGAGCAAUCAACAGAUCUGACAGAGUUUGUGCAGAGACAUCUGUUUGGCGGCGAUCCGUCUCCUCCGCUCUCCCGCUCAGGAAUCCACGACGCAUCCCAGAUGCAGGCCUCCUUCAACAGUGAGUCAGCGGGUGAUGCUGAUGAGGAGGUGCAGGAUGCGGCUGAAGCUCCUCCAGUGUUCACCAGCCAAAAAUCUUCUGCUUCUGUGACGUCGACGGAGCCAACAGGCACAGACUCCCAAUCUGUUGUGAGUUUGAAUGACAGUGAAGAGCUUUCUAGCGCCUUGUCAGAGGAAGAAGAGGAAGAGGAAGAGGAAGAGGAGGAGGAGGAGUCGUCUGAUCAGGAGGAGGAGGAAGACCAGGAAGAGGAAGAGGACUCUGGUAGUGAGGUGGAGAUCAUUGAGGAGGUCCAGGGUAAUGGGAGGCUGCCACCGCUCCAACCCACUUCAGUCUUUGUACAACAAGAACACACGCACUUCCUGCCAAGUCUGUCAGAACAGGAGGCUGCGGAGUUCUCUCUGAUCGAGCCCGGUGCAGAGAUAAAGAUGUUAGAGGAGGACAUGGAGGGUGAGGUGGUGAUGGUGAGACUCGGUGCGGAUGAAGGAUUAGAUGCUGUUGAGGACGAAGAGCAAGGAACAUCAUACAUGGAGCUCAAACCCUCUACCACUCUCCUCGUACCACUGGAGCUUGUGGAGGGGCAAGGCCUGGUCGAUGGCUCUCAGCUGUGUCUUCCUGGGCUUCAGCAGACCCUGGUGCCAGAUCAGCCGAGGACCGAAGCUAAUGGCAGCUUCUCUCUGAUGCUGGAUAUGGACGAUGAUGCAGACACGCUGCCGAUGGAGAAUGAUCUGCAGUGCUCUGACCCUCCCUCCCUGUCUCCAGCAGUGGAGGCUCUUGACAAACCUGAGGUCAUUAUUUUGGACACGGAUGAUCAGGAUCCCCCCGGGUCUGGAGAAAUCUCUGAAGAGGACCAGGGCAAAGAGAUGGAUACUUUAGAUGGAAUUGAGCUAGAUGAGACGACAGAGUCAGAACUUGCUGGCCUACAAACUGAAAACACUGCGGAAAACCUUGAGACAGAAGAUGCUAAAGUACAGAGCGAUGAAGAGGUAGUAAUGUUGGUUGAAGAUCAUGAAACUGCAGGCCUUUCAAUGUCGGAACCAGAUCCAGUGGGAGAACCUUCAGCAGAAAUGCUAGUUGAAGAUCAGGAGCAGGAAGGAUGCUCAGUCUCUGGGCCAAGUCCAGUGGGAGAACUUCCAGCACAAAUGCUGGCUGAAGAUCAAGAACCUGAAAGUCUUUCCGACUCUGGACCAAUUCCAGUGGAGGAGCCUACAGCUGAAGAAGAUCAAGAACCUGAAGUCAUUUCAUUUUCUGAACCAAGUCCAGUGGAGGAACCUACAGCAGGAAUACGGGCUGAAGAAGAUCAAGAACCUGAAGUCAUUUCAUUGUCUGAACCAAGUCCAGUGGAAGAGCCUACAGCAGAAAUGCCUUCUGAAGAAGAUCAAGAACCUGAAGUGCUUUCAUUGUCUGAACCAAGUCCAGUGGAAGAGCCUACAGCAGAAAUACUGGCUGAAGAAGAUCAAGAACCUGAAGUGCUUUCAUUGUCUGAACUAAGUCCAGUGGAAGAGCCUACAGCAGAAAUGCCUGCUGAAGAUCAAGAACCUGAAGUAAUUUCAUUGUCUGAACCAAGUCCAGUGGAAGAGCCUUCAGCAGAAAUACUGGCUGAAGAAGAUCAAGAACCUGAAGUGCUUUCAUUGUCUGAACCAAGUCCAGUGGAAGAGCCUUCAGCAGAAAUACUGGCUGAAGAAGAUCAAGAACCUGAAGUGCUUUCAUUGUCUGAACCAAGUCCAGUGGAAGAGCCUUCAGCAGAAAUACUGGCUGAAGAAGAUCAAGAACCUGAAGUCAUUUCAUUUUCUGAACCAAGUCCAGUAGAAGAACCUACAGCAGAAAUGCCUUCUGAAGAAGAUCGAGAACCUGAAGUCAUUUCAUUGUCUGAACCAAGUCCAGUGGAAGAACCCACAGCAGAAAUGCCUGCUGAAGAAGAUCAGGAACCUGAAAGUCUUUCCGACUCGGAACCGAAUGCACUGCAAGUCAUCCCACCAGUUGUGGAUGACAAAGACUCAAUGGCAGAGCAAGAUGCUAAUCAGGAGAUGGGAGAGGAGAAGGAAGAACCAGCACCUGCUGAGGACCAGGAACAGCCUGAAGAGAGUGGACCUGUUAAUGUGGAUACAGAGAUAAUGUCCAGCGCAGUGUCGGCGACUGUUGUGGAGGAGAAGCAACAGGUCCACAAAGCCUUAGCAGCAACAGAAGAGAAUAACGGGGAAGAACUUAAGACGGAGAAAGAAACUAAGAAGGCAAAGGGAAGACCAAGAAAAAAGGUUGAAGAGACACCUUUGAAGCCAGUUGUGAUCUCAAAUAGCCAGCCAGAGGAACAGCCGGUGCUCGAGGCCCCAUCUUCCCAGAGGAAAAAGAAGGCACCUUCCACGCCAACACGGAGGACAACAAGAGCGAGGACGAUUGCCUUUCCCCUCCAAGAGGAAGCAGAGGAGGAACUAACCAGCACUCUGUUUCCUGCGUCUCCUAGUCGUACACUUAGAAAAAGUAACCAGAGCAAAGUCAAAUGUACUACACCUCGAAGAAGUUCUCGUAAUGCUAAGCCAGAGCCUCCAAAAGAAGAUGUUAAAGAGGAGAUCGCCAUGGAUACUGACAACACAACGACUUCACCAGCCAGACGUCGGGUUUCCCAGAAGGCCACCUCAAUAAGGAACAGCAAAAAGACCGAAAGUGGUGAUGAUGAUGAGGAGGAGGAGGAGGAGGAAAUAGAAGACGUCACAGAUACUAAAGUUUAUCGGCGAACAAGCUCCAAGACUCCGACACCGGCCAAACGCAGGACCACUCGGGUAAACACUCCGACGAGGUCCAGCAGAAGGAUAUUGAGUAGCAGUGAGGUGGAGUCGGCAACAUUGGAGAUCUUGGAAGAACAGAAAGAACCGGUGGAGGUCUUUGCAACUCCGGCCAAACGCAACUCCAAGAAAAGCAAGACGACAUCAUCAGAAACGCAAACGGCACUGCUGGAGGAGGAGGAGGAGGAAGAUGUAAUAAGAUCUUCCAGUCUUGGCAGGGAGACCCGACAGUCCAACCGCAUUACCCUGAGCGUUUAUCCACAAGUGAAACUGGUUCCUGUAUCAAUUCCUCAGAGUUCAAGGAAGACGAUAAGAGAGACGAUUACUGACAAAAUCAAAGAAAGUGGAGAUCAACUGGAGCCUGAAGUAAACAGCAAAACUAGUCGCUCCAACUCUCGUCGACUUACAAGAACCAAGCUCUGGGAUUACCCCGAGGAAGACCAUCCCUUACUGGACUCCCCUCUGGAGGUGCAUUCAGAGACGCCUGUGGCAGAUGCCCUCAUCAAGAGACUGCAGGAUGAGAAGGAGAAGCAGGAAGUCGUCACAAAGAUGGUAAGAACCAGCAAGAGGAGUACCAAGUCUUCAGUGGAGGAGGUUCACCUGCUACCCGAAGAGGAAGAGUCUAAUCCAGGCGAAAAUUCCUACAUCUACUCCCCCUCACGGAGAAGAACAAGAGCUAAGAGAGGACAGUCUCCCAGCCCCAGUGAAGAGUCUGCGGCCCGUGUCACUCGCAGCAGGAGGAAAGUUGUCAAAGAAGCUCCUCAGGAUGAAAUUGCUUCAGAAGAAGACCUUGUGGGAAUGGAAAAAGCAGCAAGUGUUUCUAAAACCAGAAAAUUAGGCAAAAUAACAGCCAAAUCCAAAGCCGUGUUGGAGCUUCCUCCCAUAGCAGAGGUGGAGCUGCUCUCUCCUCUGCCCAGCCCCGCUGAUCCACCCCGAGCACAGAAGAGGACGAAGGAGGAAGAACCCCCAGCCCCCGGCAGGAACCUUCGACGCAAACGAAUAAUGGCAACCGUUUUCUCAAAACCUGUAACGCGGAGGAAGAAACUUUAAGGAGGUCGGUGGUGGUUUUAACCGGGGAACCUCAGACAGCCGCAAGAAGAUCUGAACCAACUCGGUCGAGCUGUCGAAUACAAGUGUAUGCCUAAACUCAUUAUGGUUCUAUUUCCUCGAAUGCCUCAGAGUGCUGUGGUUGUCUUUGUAUAUUUACUUCCCUGUAGGACAAGUGAAUACAAAAAAAAAGCAAUUUAGGCAUGAAAAUAUAUUUUUGGGAGAAAACACACUGGACAGCAGUGUGAGAGAGGCAUAUAUUUUUGGAGUUUACAUAUCCCGUUCAUGUGGACUGGAUUUCACUUGAUAUUGCAUCUGUGGGACAUUUUUAAGACGCUCCUCGUAAUCCGCCUAAAUCUCUGGACACAGAACGACACAUGGGAAAUAAAUCAAGGUGGGCUUUUAGAAGCGGCCAGUAAUAAAACCGGAGGGACUGAAGUGAGCCUUGCCCUGAGAAAUUGGUUUUAUUCACACUCUUUUAACUUUUUGGUUUCUUUUUUUUUUUCUUUUUUUCUCAUCGUUUACUUUUUAGAUCUUGAGGCCUACUACCUUUUUCUAUUUAAGAAGUAAAGCAACCAACCCAGUGGAGACAAAUGAUUUCUACUGAUAAAUGUGUAUAUAGUCUUUUGCUAUGUUCCAAAUAAAGUUCAUAAAUAAAUCGUAAAAAAUUAUUUUCAUUUUGAGGUUUUAAGUGUCAUGAAUGCAUUUGAUCAUCUAAUCAGCCUGCCUAUGCCAUAGUCUUAAAAUGUGUGUCAGUUUGAGGGAUUACCUGUGAAAGACUAAUGCCAUCAGAUUGGAGUGUUUCUGUGUGUAAUAGGGAUGAUGUAAAGUGUGAAAUCAACAAAAAGACUUCCACAGCUGUUUAGGGUUUUAAAAAUGUAUAAUAGAUGUUUUGCGACAUGUUAAUAGACUUAUUAAACUAAAUUUAUGGCAACCAACAUCUGAGAAAUAGGCUAUUUUCUGAUGAAUGUAUGUAGAAUGUCUUAUUUUUGACGACUGCUCUUUGAUAAAUAUGGCUACGCUUGAAUACUUCAAA